UAAUGAUACUUCCGGCGAGUAAUUUUUGAACGCAUUUCACAGUAGCGGCAAUAUUGGUUUCUGCUGGUGUUAAUUUUCUCUGUCUGGUAUUACUAUAGUUCAGAGUGUAUCGUAGGAAACACGGUAACAUCUAUCUUGAUCGUGUGAUUCGUCCGAUAUGAGCGACAACGUGGUAGCUGACGUACAAAAUCUGUCUUUGACGGAGGAUAAGACAAAGACAUUGAAGGCAUAUAAGAAGAAAAAAGCUGCUGCAGAGAAGUCUAUAUCUGAGCUUAAUCCUUGGCCCUCAUUCAUUCAGGAUCGUAUUGUAUUAUGGGACAAGCUAAAAAAGGAGUACGAAGAUGAAUUAGCCACAAAAACUCCUGUUGAUAUAACUGUGACUUUGUCUGAUGGCAAGAAAGUAUCUGCUCAGUCCUGGCGUACAACUCCUUAUGAAGUCGCGAGAAGUAUUAGUCAAGGAUUGGCGGAUAAUACUGUAAUUGCAAAGGUCAAUAAUGAAUUAUGGGAUCUUGACAGACCUUUAGAAUAUGAUUGCAACCUGCAAUUAUUGAAAUUUGAUGAUCCAGAAGGUCGGCAAGUGUUUUGGCAUUCCAGUGCUCAUAUUCUUGGGGAAGCUAUGGAAAGAGUAUAUGGUGGUUGCCUUUGUUACGGACCUCCUAUCGAAAAUGGCUUUUACUAUGAUAUGUAUCUGGGAGAUAAAGGCAUUUCUAAUACAGAUUUUCCAUAUUUGGAAAAUCUAUACAAGAGUAUUGCUAAAGAGAAACAGCCAUUUGAACGGCUAGUAAUGACGAAAGAGGACCUUUUGGAGAUGUUUAAGUACAAUGAGUUCAAAAUACGAAUUAUUAACGAAAAGAUACAUACGCCCACUACUACAGCUUAUAGAUGCGGCACGUUGAUCGACUUAUGCAGGGGACCGCAUGUUAGACACACGGGCAAAAUUAAAGCUCUCAAGGUUACAAAAAAUUCAUCCACGUACUGGGAGGGAAAUGUUAACGCAGAGUCAUUGCAGAGAGUUUACGGAAUAAGCUUUCCUGAUGCUAAGCAAUUGAAAGAAUGGGAAAAGUUUCAGGAAGAGGCAGCCAAACGAGAUCACAGAAAAGUCGGGAAAGAACAGGAGUUAUUCUUCUUCCACGAGCUGUCGCCUGGUUCUUGUUUCUUUCAACCACGCGGUGCAUACAUAUACAACACGUUGGUCGAAUUUAUUCGUUCCGAGUACAGAAAGAGAGGAUUCCAGGAAGUGAUCAGUCCAAAUAUUUAUAAUAGUAAAUUGUGGCAGACUUCUGGACACUGGCAGCAUUAUGCCGAAAAUAUGUUUUCUUUCGAUGUGGAGAAGGAAACCUUUGCAUUGAAACCCAUGAAUUGUCCAGGCCAUUGUAUGAUAUUCGACGUUCGAUGCAGAUCGUGGCGCGAGCUGCCGCUCAGAAUGGCGGACUUCGGCGUGCUGCAUCGUAAUGAACUGUCGGGUGCGUUAACGGGUCUUACCAGAGUGAGACGGUUUCAACAGGACGAUGCGCACAUAUUCUGCUCUAUCGAUCAAAUUAAAGAUGAAAUGAUAGCCGCUCUCGACUUUUUACGGCAUGUUUAUUCCAUCUUUGGUUUUACGUUUAAUUUAUGUCUCUCCACGCGACCUGAAAAAUAUUUGGGCGAUCUAGAAGUCUGGGACCGCGCCGAAAAAGCGUUGGAGGACAGUCUGAAUGCGUUUGGUCAACCAUGGACCCUUAAUCCUCAAGAUGGUGCAUUCUAUGGACCUAAAAUCGAUAUAACGCUUAUGGACGCGCUUAAAAGGGCUCAUCAAACUGCUACAAUACAAUUAGAUUUCCAGUUACCAAUUAGAUUCAAUCUGUCUUAUGUUAAUGAAGCUGGAGAGAAAACACGUCCAGUUAUUAUACACAGAGCUAUUCUAGGCUCUGUAGAGCGUAUGGUUGCAAUUCUGACUGAAUCAUAUGGAGGAAAGUGGCCAUACUGGCUUUCUCCUCGACAAGCAAUGGUUGUGCCGGUGGUGUCACAAUUUGAUGAUUAUGCUUAUGAAGUGAAACAGAAGCUUUGGGAUGCUGGUGUUAUGGUAGAAGUUGAUACUGAUUCGAGCGAUACUUUGAACAAGAAGAUUCGCAAUGCUCAGCUUGCACAGUUCAACUUUAUACUUGUUGUGGGAGAGAAAGAACGUAAUGCUGGCACAGUGAACAUAAGAACGAGAGAUAAUGUAGUGCAUGGGGAAAUGGCAGUAGAUGAAUUGAUCAUAAAGUUGAAAAUUAUGAAGGAAACUAGAGAUCUAAGUGGUGAAUUAAAGUCUUAAUCUAAUAUCUCUCGUGUUAAAAAGGAUUUAUUUAUUUCUAGAUAUUAUAUGAUAAUAUCUUGAUAUAAGUUGAUAAGAAACUUAAUAAUAACUUAAAUACUUUUUUUAUUGUAAAUUACUUCUUUUUGCACAUUUCAAGAAUAUGUAUUUUUAUUUUUUGUGAUGUAAUUUAUAGUAUGAAUCAAGUAUCACAAGAAGUGGAUUAAUAUGAUGAUUAA